AUGACGGAAGAAAUCGUUCUGGCUGAAUUACAACCUGGAGAUCCCCCAGGAGACUCUAAAACCGAACUCAGCUUAAGAGCCACUGGCGAGGUUUCUCCUGAAGACCCCCCAGAAUAUCCCCAUGGAUAUCGUUUUGCUCUCAUUUCAGCAUCACUGAUGAUUACUGUGUUUCUACUCGGGCUGGAUGCGACCAUUAUCACAACUGCAGUACCGAAAAUCACCGACGAAUUCCAAUCCAUCGCUGAUGUUGGAUGGUAUGGAUCGGCAUUUCGACUGGCAUCUAGCAUGUCUCAGCUUCUGCAGGGAAGAGUCUUUGACUACUUUUCCGUUAAAUGGGCGUUUUUGAUACACCUCAUCAUCUUUGAAGCGGGUGCCCUGAUAUCUGGGGCAGCGCCAUCAUCUGCGGUUUUCAUUGCCGGGCGUGCUAUUAGUGGACUGGGCUUCUCAGGCAUUAGCCAGGGCUGUAUGGUAAGAAUUAUUGCAACGACUCGCCCCCUGGACAAACGACCCAUCUAUAUUGGUGCAAUCAGCGCGAGCGAGUUCUUCGCAACGGCCAUUGCCCCUAUCAUCGGAGGUGCCAUUACCUCAGCCCUUUCGUGGCGAUGGUGCUUCUAUCUCAAUGUAAUUGUUUCCAUCAUUCCAGCCCUAAUCACGACAGUGAUGUUCAAGGCCCAAUCAGGUAGGGCUAUUCACCAAGUAGGGCAUCUCCAGCGUCUCAAACAGAUUGAUUUUACCGGGAUGUUCCUUUUCGCUGUGGCGUUGUUAAGUCUUCUUUUAUCCAUUCAAUGGGGUGGAGAUACUUAUAGUUGGAGUAACGAUCGGAUCAUUGCACUUUUGGCUAUAAGCUCUGUAUUUUUCAUCAUUUUUGUUCUGGUCCAAGUCAAAAAGAGGGAUCUUGCGAUGCUGCCAUUGCGACUCCUUAAACAACGCUCAAUAUUGUUCGGUGCGCUUUUUAGUCUAGCCCUUCAGGCUGUCAACAGUAUCGCCUCCUACUACCUGGCGAUCUGGUUCCAGGUUGUGAAAGAUGCCUCUCCGGUUCAAUCUGGCGUCAUGCUGUUGCCGAUGGUCAUUGCAAUUCUAGUGGCGAGCGUGGCAUCCGGAUAUGCCAUCACUUAUAUGGGCUACUACAUUAUAUUAAUGAUACCAGCGGGAUUUACAACCCUCGGAGGCGCAAUUAUGAUGAUGUACUUUGAAAAAGACACUCCAGCUAAAUUCUGGAUCCCUGCUCUGGCGCUUCUCGGUUUCGGUAUCGGACUUGGAAUAUCCGGGCCGUUUCUGGCUGCACAGGCUAUUCUUCCGGAAAGAGAUAGAUCGGUUGGACUGGCCAUCAUGACAUUCUCUCAGGAAUUCGGUGUAGCAUUGUCGCUAGGUAUUGCACAGUGUUUAUUCCUCAACGGACUACGCGCAAGUAUCAUCCGUAUUACGCCAGAAUUGAAUCCAGAAACUAUCAUCAAUGCUGGUGCAACGAGCUUGGCUGGCUCAGGGUUAGAGAAGUACGCCAGUCAGAUUGACGAGGAGUAUAGUCAAGCGUUGAAAGCGACCUUUGACUUGAGCUUGGGAAUGGCCGCUUUGGUAGUCGUAACCGGGUGUCUCAUGGAGAUGGGCAAAUUCUACGAAACAAUCCCCGAAACUCUCUCCACCUGGAUCCUAACUCAAAAGAUCUUCUGGGUAGCCACCGCCCCAUUAUCAGGAACCGGUCAUGUCAACGUCUCCCCCAAGGGCGGGCCUUACUUCGGUCUGCUCGACAACAAAACCUUUUGGUAUCUAGAUAUGACCGGUUCCGGCAGCGAGACAAUUAGUCACAUCUACGAGCCAGGCAAUGGUCGUGUCACGAUUAUGUUCAAUGCCUUUGAAGGUCCCCCACGCAUCGUGAGACUGUGGGGGAAAGGGAGAGUAUUAGAGAAUGGGGGCAAGGACUUUGCGGACUUUGUGGAGCGAAAUCACGUUCAGCUUGUCUCGGGGACGAGGUCGAUUAUUGUGGUGGACGUGCAUCAGGUUGGGUCAUCGUGUGGGUUCUCGGUGCCUUUUUAUGAGUUCAAGGACUUUCGCGAGACGUUGCUGGAUCAUCAUGUCAGAAAGGAGAAGAAGUAUAAAGAGGGAAAUGAGAAAGAGAGCUUUCCAAGAUACUGGGCGGCGAACAAUACAUGGUCCAUGGAUAACCUUCCUGGAUACGACAAUGGUGUCUUCUCCGGCCUCACAACAGACGAACUCUUUCUCACAACAAUGGGCAGCCCUAACUCCACGUUACUCGGAUUCAUCGUUGCCGUGUACGAACUCGGGUGUCUCGUCGGUGCGCUGGCCUCUUUCUUCUGGGGUGAAGCCCUCGGUCGUCGCUGGCUCACCGUGUCUGGCGCCGUGUGGCUUAUUCUCGGCACUGUGGUUCAAUGCACUUCCUAUGGUCAAGCGCAGAUGAUUGUGGGCCGUAUCGUGACUGGUUUCGGCAUGGGAUGUAUCACUUCUGCGGUUCCCAUUUGGCAGUGCGAAACUACGCCUGCACACUUGCGUGGCAGGACAAUGGCUAUUGAGCUUUCGUGCUUGAUUGUCGGCAUUGUCGUGGCUUACUGGAUCGAUUAUGGUUGUAGUCUGUACACGAACGAGUUACAAUGGAGGUUCCCGAUUGCUUUCCAGAUCGUCUUCGCCAUCAUGUUGAUUGUUAUGUGUUUCUUCCUACCUGAAAGUCCCAGAUGGCUCGCAAGCCACGGCCGCGAACAAGAAGCGCUUGAAGUUGUCUGUCUUCUCCGGGACGGCAACCCCGAGGACGAAAACAUCCGCGCUGAAAUGGCUGAAAUCAAAGACGCCAUCGCUCUCGAGGAAGAAGCAGCUGGCGGCUGGAAGGACUGUUUCCGUGACGGAGGUGUCAUGGGCUGGCAGCGUGUUGCUAUUGCAUGCUCGGCACAAGCUCUGCAGGAAUUUACGGGAACCAACAUCAUUACUUACUAUGCUCCGUAUGUGAUGGUGAACAGUGUUGGUCUUAAUUCACACCAAUCCCUGUUGUUGUCUGGUGGUCUUCAGCUAUGGUUUCUUGUUGCGUCUAUUCUGCCUUGGUUCUUCCUCGAUAAGAUUGGACGUCGUAAGCUCUUCUUUCUCGGCAGUGCUGGUAUGGGUGCUUGCAUGUUGAUCUCUGGCUUGACUAUCAGAGCCAAUACACACAACACUGGUAUUGGCGCCGUGGUCGCUCUCUACAUGUUCCAAGCAUUCUUCACCUGGGGCUGGAUGUCCAACAUGUGGGCCUACCCAAGUGAAAUCCUCCCCAUCCGUCUCCGACAAACCGGUUCAGCCUUAUCCGUUGUUUGGCAAUGGCUCAUCACCUUCCUCGUCGUCGAAAUCACGCCUGUCGGUAUUCAGAAUAUCGGCUGGAAACUCUACAUUGUCUUUUGCAUCCUCAACUGGGCAUCUAUCGUCAUCGUCUACUUCUUCUAUCCUGAGACGGCGGGCAAGUCGUUGGAACAGAUUGAAUUCUUGUUCGCCAGUCAAUCGAGUUUGAGACAGGUGGUCAAGCUGAGUCAAAGAAAGGAUUUGGAUGAGAUGGCUGUUAUUCGGGAAACGCAGGCGCAGGCGCACCAGCAAAAGUCGGAUACGAAGCAGGUCGAGGAUACUGAUGCUGGGGAGACUGUUGAGUAG